AUGUCUCUUUUAGGCGUAGAAGAUCCACCCAUAGACCAGAUAUUAGAAGCCAUUGACGAGAUGGCAUCCCCCAAUCAACCCAAAGUACUCCUCUUCGACAUAGGAGGAGUAUGUGUCGUAUCACCCUUCCAAGCCAUCCUAGACUACGAAAUCAGCCUCAACAUCCCCCCCGGCUGGGUAAACUACUCACUCUCCAAGUCCGCCCCCAACGGCUUCUGGCACAGACUCGAGCGCGGCGACAUCCCCAUGGACGCAGCCUUCUUCGCCGGAUUCAACAGCGACCUCCACCGGCCAGAGCACUGGAAGGCCUUCUACACACGCGAGGCCGCGAAGUCGCCCUCCCUGCCCAGGCAAGUACCCCCGGUGCCCAAAAUCGACGGCGAGUGGCUCUUCAACGAGAUGAUGACCAAGUCCAACGCCCCGGACCCGUGGAUGUUCCCCGCCCUCAAGAAGCUCAAACAGAGCGGGAGGUAUAUCCUCGGUGCGCUGAGCAAUACCGUUAUUUUCCCGCCUGGUCAUAAACUGCACAGGCCGGAUAUGCUGGACGACCCGCUGCGAAGUUUGUUCGAUGUGUUCGUCUCGUCUGCGCAUGUGGGGUUGCGGAAGCCGGAUCCUAGGAUGUAUAAGCUCGCGGUGGAGAGGUUGGAUGCUUUUGCGCGGGAGAAUGGACGUACGGAACGGGGGCGGAAGUUGGGUUGGGAUAAGGGUGUGCAGGCUGGUGAUGUGUUGUUCUUGGAUGACAUUGGUGAGAAUCUGAAGGCGGCUAAGAAUGAGGGCUUUGGGACGAUCAAGGUUUCGCUGGGGAGGGCGUAUGAGGCUGUCGAGGAGUUGGAGAGGGUGACGGGGCUGCAGUUGGAGGGGGAGCAUCCCAAGAUUGCUAUCAAGCCCAAGAUACGGCGGGCCAAGAUAUAG